CAAUGAUAUACUCAGUAGUCUUGUUUCUUAUACAGUUUUAUUAACAUUUUAAUAGUAAUUUAAUUUCUAACAGUACGAAAAUUUCAAUAAUUAAAACAUUUAUAAUGGUUGAAAUUUAAUAAUAUUAGAUAUUCUUAAAAUUGCCCAUAAAGUUUUAUUACAGAGUCAGUUUAAUUUUCCAUAUAAUUAAUAUAAAAGAAGGCAUGCAAAUUAAGGCCAGCUUGUUUUUUUCUACAUAUUUAUUGCUAAACUGGUCUUUUCGCUGUUCAUAUGGUGCUAUGAUAUUAGCUUUAGCUCCAGUAGCAAGCACAAGUCAUUGGAACGUAAUAGAUGCAGUGUUACAAACUCUGGUAGCAAGAGGACAUAAUGUAACAGUAAUUACGCCAUUUGUCAAAAAGUAUCCCAUUACUAAUUAUACUGAGAUUCUAAUUCCAAAAGGAAAAGAAUCAGCAAUAAGUAUGCAUUGGAAUUAUGUAAUGAAUGAAUGCUCCAUGGGAAAUAGUUUACCAAUAUUAAAUGAACGACACCAAAAUACAUGCAAAUUUUUGUUUGGUCUUGAGGAAUUUUGGAGAACAAUAAGAACAAUCAAGUUCGAUCUAUUUAUUACAGAGUGGUUAGCUUCAUCUUGCGAUUCAUACGUGUCCUAUCACUUACAAAUUCCUCAAAUUGUAAUUGCCACAAGUCAUGUCCACACAUGGUAUCUCGAUACAUUUGCUAGUCAUUUGAAUCCUGCAUACGUCUCAACUUUUCAUGUUUCUUUUGCAAUGCCUAUGAACUUCAUGCAGCGGUUUAAAAACUUUGUGGAUUACUUAUAUUCGCAUAUAGUAUUUAGAUGGGUUGAUCGUGAUGCGAUAGACAUAGGCCGAAAAUACUUUGGACCGAACGUGCCGGAUGCCAAUACCCUCAUGAAAGAUACUUCACUGGUAUUUACUAACGGGCAUUUCACUGUAGAUUUACCAAAACCCUUGUUACCGAACUUUAUUGAUAUUGGAGGUAUACAUUUAAAACCUGCAAAGUCACUAUCGGAGGAUGUAAAAAACUUUAUCGAUGGGUCGACAAAUGGUGUUAUAUACUUUACUUUUGGUUCUACGAUUAAAAUGGACACAGCACCUUUGCAUUUACAAAAGUCUUUCAUUGAAGCAUUAGCAGAAAUACCAUACAGAGUGUUAUGGAAAUAUGAGAGUUCAAACAUUGAUCAUUUACCAAAUAAUGUAAUGGUUCGAAAAUGGUUUUCCCAAAGAGAUAUAUUAGCUCAUAAAAAGGUAGAUUUGUUUAUUUCACACGGAGGAAUAUCAGGCAUAUAUGAAGCUAUUGAUAGCGGAGUGCCUGUGUUAGGAAUUCCAGUAUUUUUUGAUCAGUCACGAAAUAUAGCAAAUAUAGUACACUGGGGCGCAGGUCUAAUGCUUGACCACAAUACUUUGACUAAAGAUAUAUUAGUAAAUACUAUCAACGAAAUGAUGCAAAAUAAAAAAAGGUACAAAGAAAAUGCUACUAAUUUAUCCCAACGGUUUAAGGAUCGGCCUAGAACACCAAAAGAGGAUGUUGUGUACUGGUCAGAGUAUGUUAUAAAACACAAAGGUGCGAGUCAUUUGAAAUCGACUGCGUUGAAUCUAUCAUUAUUGGAGUACUUACUAUUAGAUAUUAUAACUCUAAUUGUUUUAGUCUUAUUAGUUAUAAUUUACCUAUUUUAUUUUAUUUUAAAACUUGUAACGCGUUCAAUGUGUACGUGUUUUAAACAAAAACGUGACUAAUUAAAUUAUUUUAAAAUGAAAAUGUA